CCAGCCCAGAUGUAUUUUGUAUGGUAUCUGCUCCUGAUAUAUCCCUAUCCACAAGACAUGAAAUAAACUCAGAAGACGAUCAUAAUCUCAAUUGUCCCAUCUUCUCCGCCCUUCCAUUAGCGGGGGAUCGCAUUCAUCAAACAUCAAAUCUCCAUUCCGAUUUUCUGACGGAAAGUUCGUGUAUUCCUCCCUGGUCAAACUCCAGGAAAUAUGGAUGAGGAGUUGCUGCCGUCGAAGGAGGGUGGAGAGGACGGCGGCGGCGGGAUCCGAUGGGGGCUGGUUUGGCCGGAGGCGAAGAGAUUAGGGCACUUGGCGGCUCCAAUGGUGGCGAUGACUUUAUCAAUGAAUCUAUUGCUGGUGGUGUCUAAUAUGAUGGUCGGGCAUUUGGGCGAGCUUUAUCUGUCCAGCACCUCCAUAGCCGUCUCUCUUGCUGGUGUCACUGGCUUCAGUUUCAUGUUGGGAAUGGCAUCUGCUCUAGAAACACUUAGCGGGCAGGCAUACGGAGCCAAACAGUACCACAAACUUGGAACACAAACAUACACUGCCAUUUUCUGUCUCGCUGUCAUUUCGAUCCCUCUCGCAAUCCUAUGGACAUAUAUGGGAAAAAUUCUAGUCUUCGUAGGCCAAGAUCCUCUUAUAUCCCAUGAAGCCGGAACCUUCCUAAAGUGGCUCGUCCCGUCCAUAUUUGCUUAUUCAGCCCUUCAACCUCUCAUACGAUUCUUUCAGGCCCAAAGUAUGGUUUAUCCAAUGCUUAUAAGCUCAUUUGUUACAUUGUGCUUCCACGUGCCUUUGUGUUGGGUGUUGGUUUUUAAGUGCGGCCUAAACAAUAUUGGGGCUGCCAUUUCUAUUGGCCUGUCUAUGUGGGGAAAUGUGUUGAUCCUUUCCCUGUUCAUGAAGUUCUCCACUAAGUGUGCAAAAACACGCUCGCCUGUUUCUUGGGAAAUCUUUCAUGGAGUGAAGGAGUUUUUCAGAUAUGCCAUUCCAUCUGCUAUCAUGAUUUGUCUUGAAUGGUGGUCAUUUGAGCUAAUUGUGUUAUUGUCUGGUCUACUACCGAAUCCACAGCUAGAAACCUCAGUUCUAUCUGUAUGCCUGAACACCGUGAGCACACUUUAUGCGAUUCCAUAUGGGCUUUCUGGUGCAGUAAGCACUAGAGUUUCGAAUGAGCUAGGAGCGGGAAACCCACAGGGCGCUCGGUUGUCUGUCUUUACCGUGAUGCUUAUGGCUGUGUUGGAGGCUGUCAUAGUAAGCGCGAUGCUCUUUGCUUGUCGGAAUAUGUUUGGGUAUGUUUUUAGCAAUGAGAUGGAAGUGGUGUCCUAUGUUGCGACUAUGACCCCUCUCCUUUGCCUAUCUGUCAUCACGGAUAGCCUGCAAGGGACCAUUUCAGGUGUUGCUAGGGGAUGCGGGUGGCAGCACAUAGGAGCAUAUGUCAAUCUUGCUUCCUUCUAUCUCUGUGGAAUUCCCAUUGCUGCAUCACUGGCUUUCUGGUUUCACUUCAGAGGGAAGGGUCUUUGGAUUGGAGUCCUCUGUGGUGCCUCUAUGCAAUCAUUUUUGCUCUCUAUAAUCACUAGUUGCACUAAUUGGAGUAACCAGGCAGCCAAGGUAGGAAUGAGAGUUCUUGAGUAAAAACAUUCUCAAGUGAAUGAGAACUCAAUGACAGUCUUUGAGGGGGGUGUAUGCCCUUGUGGUUUCUAUGUAGGUGGAGGGUGUGGGACAAAAUAUCAUUGUAUGCAUUAAACUUUAGAAAAUUGAAAGAAAAAAAACUUUUGCUGUUUUG